UUAUUUUUGGUAUUUAUUUUUCUAAAAGACUGUGCCUAAAAGAAAAGGACCCCCAAGCCUCCAUCUUUUUCUAUUUAUAUGCAACAUAUCUUGUUACAUUUUCCUCAUCACAUUCCUUCCUUCAAGGCUUCAAUCUCUCUCUGUUUUUUCAUAUCAGUGUAAAAAUGGGUUUUUGUGGGAUUUUUGUGAUUGGGUUUCUUGCAAUGGCUUCCUCUGUUUAUGGAUAUGGUGGUGGUGGAGGUUGGACUAAUGCUCAUGCUACCUUUUAUGGUGGUGGUGAUGCCUCGGGGACAAUGGGAGGAGCAUGUGGUUAUGGAAAUCUCUACAGCCAGGGAUAUGGUACCAACACAGCAGCUUUAAGCACUGCUCUGUUCAACAAUGGUUUAAGCUGUGGUUCUUGCUAUGAAAUCAAGUGUGUGGAUGACCCAAGAUGGUGCUUGCCUGGUUCAAUUCUAAUCACAGCUACCAACUUCUGCCCUCCAAACAAUGCCUUACCAAACAAUGCAGGAGGCUGGUGCAAUCCUCCUCAGCAGCAUUUUGACCUUUCUCAGCCUGUUUUUCAACAUAUUGCUCAAUACAGAGCUGGCAUAGUCCCUGUUUCUUACAGAAGGGUACCUUGCAGAAGGAGAGGUGGCAUAAGGUUCCAAAUCAAUGGACACUCCUACUUCAACUUAGUACUCAUCACUAACGUUGGUGGUGCUGGAGAUGUUCAUGCAGUUUCAAUCAAAGGUUCCAGAACAGGAUGGCAAGCCAUGUCAAGAAACUGGGGGCAAAACUGGCAAAGCAACAACUACCUUAAUGGCCAAUCCCUGUCCUUUAAGGUCACAACAAGUGAUGGCAGAACUGUGGUCUCCAACAAUGUUGCCCCAGCUGGUUGGUCCUUUGGCCAAACAUUCAGUGGAGCUCAAUUCAACUAGCCAAAAUUGCUUUGCAACUUGGUUUAAACCGAUGGUUUUAUAUAGUUUGUUUUACUAAUUAGUAUUCCGGGACUGCGUCAGGCCGAGCAGUAGUGCAACACGGAACACGGGCUGAUCUGAUCCGAUACCGAUAUAGUCACUAGUAUUAGUAUGGUGACUUGUAGUAGUACUUUUGGUUAGUAUGAGUGAGUAGUAUAUAGUAGCUAUGGGUUAAGGGAGAAGGGCUUAUUUUAAAAUGGUCCUUCUUAUGUUUUGUAAUAGGGUACCCUAAAAAAUGAUUUGGGGCCUAAAAAUGAUGUGGUCUUGUUUUGGUUUUGUGUGAUUUGAGGCAGAGAAGGGCAGUGGUGGACUAGCUUUGACCACCCACCUGUGACUGUUUCUCAUGUGUCCCUGGAUUAUCAAGUUAUAUUGAGGCAUUCAGCUA